GACCCAGAUUGCAGUAGACUUGCCAGAUACUCAAUUCCAACAGAAACAGGGUAUAAUGACAGAUAGGAAAACCAAACACCAAGAUCAGGCUUAUUACAACAGCUUUCCCAAGUUCUUCAUAUCCCAAACCUCCCCUUUUCUCUCCGCAUCUUGUUUCAUCUUCAACGUCGCCCAAAAGGCCGGCAUCAUCGCACCCAUUAUGCUCCUCUGCUCUUCCCACUCCAUUUCCUGCGCGGUAGUGACAUGCCCGACAUACACUCCCAGCGGGUGCAGUCUAGAAAUCGGCCACAAGUCAUGCACAGGAACCACCUUGUCGAUUAACAACGGAUAGACCUCGCC